AUGAAUGCUGCAUUCGGAUUAGUCCAACUUGACAGAUUACCACAAAAUAUUAAAAUCCGCCAUGAAUUAUUUGACAGAUACAUUAAAACUCUUAAAAAUAAUGAAUACGCAUCCAAAUAUUAUAAAUUCCCCGUUAUAGAGAAUCAAGAUAUCCUUUUGCUUGCUCUUCCUCUUGAAUGUCCUGAUAGAAUGGAAUUGAUAGAAGUUUUAGAGGAAAAUGAGAUCCAACCAGGAGUAACAAUGGCAGGAAAUAUCUUAAGACAUCCAAUUUAUAAGGAAAAAUUCCCAGAUCAGGCAAAAAAGCAAUAUCCUGUUGCAGAUGAAGUAAUGAAGAACGGUUUCCUUAUUGGAUGCCAUCAAGGUCUAACACUUUCAGAUGUGGACAGAGUUUGCGAAGUUUUGAUUAAUUUUGCAAAAAGAAAAUUGUUCAAAUUCCCUGAAUUAUAA